AUGAGUGACAACGCUGGUGCUAAGGGCCCCGAGCCCGGUGAUCGAGUUGCCAUUGGUAUCACCUUUGGCAACUCCAACAGUUCUAUUGCCUACACUGUUGACGACAAGGCUGAGGUUAUUGCCAACGAGGAUGGAGAUCGACAAAUUCCUACCGUUCUCUCCUACGUUGACGGCGACGAGUACUACGGUGGCCAGGCCAAGGCUUUCCUUGUUAGAAACCCCGAGAACACCAUUGCCAACUUCCGGGACUUCCUUGGACAAGAGUUCAAGUCUAUCGAUCCUACUCACUCUCACGCCUCUGCCCACCCCCAGGACGUUUCUGGUUCCGUUGCUUUCACCGUGAAGGACAAGGUCGAGGAGGAUGCUUCCAGCAUUUCCGUCUCUGAGAUUACCACCCGAUACCUGCAACGACUUGUCGGUUCCGCUUCCGACUACCUUGGCAAGAAGGUCACCUCUGCCGUUGUCACUGUCCCCACAAACUUUUCUGAGAAGCAGCGAGAGGCCCUGAUCAAGUCCGCCAACGAGGCCGGUCUUGAGAUCCUCCAACUCAUCUCCGACCCUGUCGCCGCCGUUCUGGCUUAUGAUGCCCGUCCUGAGGCCAAGGUUGAGGACAAGAUCGUCGUUGUUGCCGACCUUGGUGGCACCCGAUCUGAUGUUGCUGUUAUCGCUUCGCGAGGUGGCCUCUACACCAUCCUUGCUACUGCCCACGACUACGAAUUCGCUGGUGUCCAUCUGGAUAACGCCCUCAUAGAGCACUUCGCCAAGGAGUUCCAGAAGAAGCACAACAUCGACCCCCGAAACAACGCCCGCAGUCUCGCCAAGCUCCGACUCGAGUCUGAGGCUACCAAGCGAGCUCUGAGCCUGGGCGCCAACGCUCAGUUCAGCGUUGAGAGCUUGGCUGACGGUUUCGACUUCUCUGUUACUAUCAACAGGAUAAGAUACGAGAUGGUUGCUCGCAAGGUCUUUGAGGGUUUCAACCGACUUAUCGAAAGUGUUAUCAAGAAGGCUGGUCUUGACGUUCUCGAUAUCGACGAGGUUAUCCUGACUGGUGGUACUUCUCACACUCCUCGCAUUGCCAACAACCUUCGUACUAUCUUCCCUGAGACCACUGAGAUACAGGCUCCCGCCACCAGCGCCUCUGCUAUCAACCCCUCUGAGCUCCUGGCUCGUGGUGCUGCCCUCCAGGCUUCUCUCAUCCAGGAGUACGAGGCCUCCGACAUCGAGCAGUCUACUCACCCUGCUGUCACCACCGUCAAGCAUAUCUCCAACGCUAUUGGUGUCAUCACUGUCGGCGCUGACGGCGAGGAUGUCUUCACCCCUAUUGUCGCUCCCGAGACCGCCGCUCCCGCUCGACGCACCGUCCACAUCCCUGCCCCCAAGGAGGGUGGUGAUGUGCUUAUCAAGAUUGCUGAGGGUAACACCCACAUCAAGGUGACCAAGCCAGAGCCUAAGGCCAAGGGUGAGGCCAAGGACGAGGAUGACUCCGACUUUUCCGAUUCCGACGAGGAGGAUGAGGAGACUCGUGAGAAGAUCUGGAAGAUUGGCAGCACACUCGCUGAAGCCGCUGUUAAGGACGUCAAGGCUGGUGGCAAGGUUGAGGUCACGAUUAAUGUUCUGGCCGAUCUGGGUGUCACCGUCACAACCCGUGAAGUCGGCGGCAAGGGUGGCGUGCGAGGAAACAUCUAA